AAUGUAAGGAUUAACAAGGACGAUAAAAAGCUCAGCCGAACAAAUAGUUGAAUAAUCAGAGUAAAUGGGCAUAUUAGGAUAAAAAUCUAAUUUAUUUUUAAAAGUAAAAUCUAAAAAGAUAUUAAUUUUUUAUUUAAAAAAUAAGUCAAUGGCAAAUAUAUUUCAACAUUAUAUAAACAGAGGACUAUAAUUUUAUGAAGGUGACAAUAUGUAAGAAUUAAAAUAAAACUUAAAUAAGGUAGCAAAAGAGUUACUUGAAAUAGCGUCAAAAUCACGAGAGAAAAUAAUAAAUAAUGUAAUGGAGUUUUUGAGAAAUGAUAUAACAAUUUUAAUUUAUGGAAAUUCUACGGUUGUUUCUGAUUCGUUGGUAUCUGGAGCUCAAAAAGGAAUAAAAUUUUCAUGUAUUAUUUGUGAAACUCGACCUCAUGGUGAUGGGUACAUUUAUAAUUUAGAUUAUUAUUUAAAAAAAAUAUAAAAAUAGGUAAACAAUUUAUAAUAAACUUACUUAAAACAAUAUUCCGUGCAAAAUUAUAUAUGAUUCUGCGCUUGCUUUGGGUAUUGAACAAUCAAAUUUGGUUUUAGUAGGUGCUGAAGCUGUUGUUGAAAACGGAGGAAUUAUAAAUAGAGUUUUUUUAAUUUUAUAUUUAAUUUAAUUUUUUAUUUAUAUUUAUCUAAAGAUUGGUACAUAUACAACUGCUUUGGCUGCAAAAUCAUUAAAUAAGCCUUUUUAUGUUUUAGCAGAAAGCUUUAAAUUUGCUAGAAUGUUUCCCUUAUGUUAAAAUGAUUUGCCUAAUAAUAUAAAAAAAAUAGUGCGAUUUAAUUGUUAUGAUUAAAAUGGAAAUUAAUAAAACGCAUAGGU